ACGUUAUAAGUGAUUAUCUGUAGGGUAGUGAAAGGGAUUCAUUUCAGUAACUAGUUUAUUUCAAACCUAUAGCCAUGACUUUCACAUUGAAUUCAUUAUAGGAACAGUGAAAGCUUUCGGUUUUUCAAACGGGACCAGAUGCGCUUUUACGCAGUCCGCCUCAGCCCGCUUUUUACGCACUGUGGAUAUUUGACUCCACAGUCCUCGGCACGAUGUCAAACGUCAGAAAGCAGCAUUAUUCUAUAGGAAGAGGCUGUGUGUCAUUCAUUUUGGGCUCUUGAGGGGGCCAGUUUGUUUCUCCCCGGGAAGACAAAAUGACCAAGAUGUUAACUCUUUCCGCUGAGUUUGCUUAGGCUCUCUCUCCCCAUUCCUCGACAGAUUCUGUUGAUUUGGCAAAGAGGAAGUUAUUGCUGCAGAGUUUUGAUUAAUAUCGUUGCUGUUGGCGGAUAUCUUCAUCAGGGACACAUUAACACUGAAGAAGAUGAUGGCUUUGUCGUUUCUGUGCACACUGUGCAGGAUAAGUUUAGUCUGUCCUUCGCUGGGAACCGGAUUUGUUUAUCUUCCAAGCAUCACUGUGCAGCGCCAGCGCAUCAAGUCGGAACAGAGUGGCAGUACUGGACCACCGGGAACCGGGUCCCGAACCCAGCUCAGGAAUUGGUGUCAGUACACUGUUUCCAAGACAGUGUCCUGUCAGGUGCAGAAUGGCACAGAAACCACAGUACAAAGAGUCCUACAGGGAUGUCGAUGGCCUGGACCCUGCUCUAAAGUCAUCAGUUACAGGACUGUGAUCAGGCCAUCCUUCAAGACUGCCUACAAACAGGUCACUGCACUGGAGUGGAGAUGUUGCCCAGGGUUUGUGGGUGAAGAGUGUAGAGAAGAGUGUUUGAACUGCACAAGUUUUACUGACAUGAACAGCAGAAUUAAUGCCAUUGAAUCAAAGAUAAAGCUGUUAGAAAAUGGACAUUCCAUGUCGUCAACAGUCACCAGUUCACCAGAGGGAUCAACAGACAACGAGGUGGAUGCACCCAAACCCACUCCCAUUGGCCGCCCUAAUUUUUUUUAAGCAGGAGGCAGAGGGCCUCCAGGGCCCAUUGGACCUCCUGGGCUUCCUGGUUCUGAUGGACCUCCAGGUCCAGCUGGAAGACCAGGCCUUCCUGGACCUGUUGGACCAAAGGGGGAAAGAGUUCCAGGAGAAGUAGGUCUUGCAGGCCCUCGUCCACCGGGUCCCCAGGGGCCCAGCUCGUCUCCCAUCCGAAUGAGAGGAGAUGUUUUCCAAGUAGACAACCAAGAGAACCCCAUCCAUGUCACUCUCCCAUACAACAGGUUGUUUGUUGGCCCACCUGGUCCAAGAGGUCCUGUUGGCCCCUCAGGACCUCAAGGACCAAGAGGACCUACAGGGAUGCCCGGACUACCUGGACAAGACGGAAAAGACGGCCUCCAAGGCAAGCCUGGGGAUUUGGGACCCAGAGGAGAUCGAGGGGAAAGGGGUGAUCCAGGUGUAACAGGCACACAGGGCCCACCUGGACCACCAGGGCCAAAAGGUGAACCAGGAGAGGGUUUGAGUGAGGGCGAGGCCGUGCAGCAGCUCAGGGAGGCAUUGAAAAUCCUAGCUGAGAGGGUCCUGAUCCUGGAGCACAUGAUCGGCGUUCAUAGAAACUCUGAAGGAUCUGGAUUUGGUAGUAUUUCAGACCCCCUGUCCUUCUCAACCAUUAAGACCAAGCGUCUUCAACCUGUCAACCGUCACCAAACUCAAACACUAGGGGAGAGACAAAGACGAACUCCUCUUUAAGAAAAGGGUCUAAUUUUGUAUAUGUGUUUAAGAUAGCAAAGGAUGAAUUUAUUGCAAAUAAGAUUAAGUAGACGUACAAUUUUUAAGAAUUGUUCAUGCUGUAUUUUUUCUCUCACUUUUAUUAUUAGAACUUAUUUGCGUAAUUAUCAUUUUUUAAAUGAUGCUCUUGCAGACAUGAGAGUUGAACAUUUCAUCCACAUAAAAGCUUUGUAGGCUUCUUUUCACCCUGCUGCCGCAUGAUCCUACUGUACAUAACCUUAACAGCACUUACAAGGUUUGUACUAUGAAAUAUAAUCUCAUAAAGCAUUUUUGGGGUUUUGGCAUCUUUCUUGGCUCGAUAAAAGACUGCCUACAAAACACAUCAGGUUCUUUGGCUGAUGUUGCAAAGCUCUGUAGGCCACAUGUGAGUUCCCAAGAGCUGGACCCAAAACACUCUAUUUAGUGUCAAACUCAUUCCUGGAACGACCUUGCGGUUCAUCUCAUGUCAGCCUGUCAAGCAUAUUUCUUCCUUUCUCUUUUCUCUGUCUCUCCCUCUCUGUGCUCUCCCUUGUUAAACUGAGGUAAGACAUGACAAACUGCCAAGAGUAUCUGCUUAAAAUACGUAAGGUGAAAUGAAUAGCAUCUGGAGAGUGCAUAUCUGGAAAACAAAGGAAAAGAUGCUGAAUCAUUUGAGCUUUGGCCUGGCUCGUGCAGAUGUGUUCAAGCCCACUGCACCUUAUGUGAGCAGAACACCAAACCUGACAGGAUUAAACUGACCUCUUCAUAACUGCCUGUGAGAAUUGCAUUAAAACUAUUAUGAUUGUUGUAUAAUAAGUCUCUGAGAGACCCAUCUGUUUAUCUCUGAAUAAAGUUUUGACCUUGUCUGGUA